ACUAAAAGUAGUGAGGAAGACGUUACGUAAGCAUUGUAAACAGGAAGUAUUUUGGGGUAGUGGUGUCUGGAAUUUAUGGGAGCUCUGUAUUUACAUUUUAAAGCUGCAGAGAUAUAUCUGUCAUCUGACUUGUUAUUCAAUUGAGUUGCCAAGAGACUGAUCAUCAUCAUCAUGGGCAAGAGUUGUAAAGUGGUGGUGUGUGGUCUGGCUGCCGUUGGCAAGACUGCUGUCCUGGAGCAACUGCUGUAUGCCAAUCACAUUGCAGGCUCAGAGCCCAUGGAGACCCUGGAGGAUAUCUAUAUUGGCUCCAUAGAAACGGACCGGGGCACUCGAGAGCAAGUGCGCUUCUACGACACCCGGGGUCUUCGUGAUGGUCUGGAGUUCCCACGCCACUACUUCUCCUUUGCGGACGGUUUUGUCCUGGUCUACAGCAUCGACAGUACGGAGUCCUUCAAACGCAUGGAGGCCCUCAAGAAAGACAUUGACCGCUACCGUGAUAAGAAAGAGGUGAACAUAGUGGUGCUGGGCAACAAGCUGGACAUGCAGGAGCAGAGGAGAGUGGACUCGGAAGUGGCCCAGCACUGGGCCAAGACAGAAAAGGUGCGUCUGUGGGAGGUGUCUGUGGCAGACCGGAGGACCCUCAUCGAGCCUUUUGUUCACCUGGCAAGCAAGAUGACCCAGCCCCAGAGCAAAUCAUCCUUCCCACUCAGCCGCAAUAAGAACAAGGGGAGUGGCUCUGUCGAUAGCUGAGGGAUUAGGGGGGAUGGAAGGGGGGAGGGAGUGAGGAUUGAUGAAGAAUGGGAAAGAGUAGGAGGGGAAACGCAAUAGACUGAUUGUUAGCUUAUCACAAAUACAGACAAUUUUAUGUCUGCACGAAUGUACACCGACUGAAUCAGAAACCAAUGAUUUCAUGGAGAUUUUGACUGAUAUUUAGACUCAUAUUUGACCAUUUAGACUGAUCUUUGACGACAAGUAAAUGUUGACAUCAAAAGUAACACAUGGAUAAUCAAGAGGGUUGUUUGUAUCAUGGAGGAUACAUAAGGGAUUAUAUUACUGGCAGUUAAUCAGGAGAUUUGUUACACUACUGGCAUGCCAUCUACUCAGAUGAAAUAUGGCGACUAUUUUAGCAUGGAUGAUCUGAAUUUUAUUUUAAGUUAGAGUACAUGAAACAAAUCCAUAUUUUGAAGAAUUAAAAAAACAUUCCUCUAUUUUAGCUAUGUCAGAAAGAGCCUUUUGAGAUCGCUUUGAGUUUUAAAAUGACAUUAUUGUCUAAAGAUUUGAAUUGUGGCUGCCAGACUAGCAGUCUUAUGUGAUGUCUCUUGGUGAACAGGUUUGAAGAGUUUGAAGAGCUUCCUGCCUGCUGGACAGGCCAUGAAGAGCUCUUGACCACAGCCUAAGCAUGCUGAAUUAUCUAACCUUAUCAGAAACUCCUUACUGUCCUUGAAAACCAUGGGGUAUCAUUGAUCUUUGUUACUGAGCUAUGUUGGUCAGACGAAAUGCAAAUGUAUUUCAUUUUCAAAUUAUUUAACUGACUGAAGCCAUUUAAUGCCAUGUCAGGGUCCAUAGUUAUUGCGCAACAUUUAAUGUGUGUGUCACUGAACAAGAAAGAUGCCUUGGCCUAGUUUGGAUGUCGUUUUUUGCUUAGUGACUAUUCACAGAUCUUUAUAUUUGUGUUAUGUUUUGACAUCGUUCAUCUCCGUCUUUAUGUCUGUAUUAUUGAAGUGCACAUUUUCAUGAUAAAUAUUGGGGCAUUUAUACUCUGAUGCAAUAUACAGCACAGUAUUUAUCUUUUAAAAUGUUCUGGAGACUGGAUAAUCGUUUGCAUGUUGUGUAAACAAAUUAAAAGAUUCCCUCUGCAUCUAAA